AUGGAUAGACUGCGAUUUGUUAUCGAUGUCGAUUCAAUUAUUUUUUACAGCUAUCUCAUGCAUCCUGUCUAUUCGCAAUCCUCCACAGGGAAGCCACUCGCCACCAUUUUACUUGCAACCCGGCAAUCACCUCAAUUUCACUCACAAAACCUGAUCACUGGGGCGUCGAUAGGGAAACUUCUUUUUUUAUUUAAACGUUUUUCAUUUAACUACCCGCUAAUUUCUUUUUCACUUCUCGUCGUCUUCUCUGUCCUUUAUCUACUUUCUUCUUCUUCUUCUUCUUCCUCUUCCUCCUCCCUCUUCUGUUUCCUCUUCUUCUCUUCCUCCUCCCUCUUCUUCUUCUUCCUCCUUCUCCUCCUCCCACCUUCCCCCUCUUCUUAUUCUUCUCUUCCUACUCCCUUUUCUUCUUCUUUCUCCUCCUUUUCCUCCUCCUCCUUCUUCUUCUUUAAUUUCUCUGUAACUGUUACCAUUCCUGUUUUCCUUCACAUUUCCUUCGUUGACUUAUUCUUUUCUUAUUCUUAUUCUUCUAAUAAUUUUGAAAUUCUUCUAUUUCAGCCGAAAUUUCUUCUUCUUCCUUUUCUUUUUGUUUUUUCAUUUUUCUAA